UUGGACCGCAUAUUUCGUCUUCACAACAACAUGUCAUGCUGAGUCCUCUUGGCCGUGAUUGUCAAGCUUUAGGACUGACCUAUCUUUCGUGCUCAACAGACAAGCAAAAGUUUUCAGCAUCUAUUAGUCAGCCACUCUAUCAAGACUUUCAACAAAUAGGGUCCAUCUAUGUGUACCUUUUUGAUACCACAGCCUUACUUGAGCUCACAACCGAUCAACUUCGGAACUUGUUCUCUGCACUUGCAGACUCUAUCGUGAGUAUUCCUGAAUAUGUCCAUUCAGAAUUGGAACAAUUGCAAUCCGUGUUUAAAAAGUGUUCGGUUUUUAAACAAAUCAUCCAACAACAACAUAAUGUACGAUGUUUCAGCGAGGCAGUCAGUCAUUCUCUUGAUAGCGGCAACAAUCAUCGAGAAGAUAUUCUCCUUACCAUUGCAAGAACGAUAAGAAAACAAGAUCAAAGAAGACAUGUCCUAAUUUUCUGCAAUUACGAGGUGUAUCAUUCCGAGCUCGGAAUUACAUGGUGCUCGCAUAUGAGAGAUUUGGAACAAUUAAGAAAGUUUUAA